CGUAACUAAAAUCCCUCUGACUUCCGGCUUCAAACUGAACCGGUAACCUGGCAAUAAACCGAGGGCUCUCGUCGUAAAAACUGUCUAAGCUUUUAUUCAUUCAUACAACAAUGAGCGUAUUGAGCAGUGAGGGCAGUGGAUCCGUGGUGGUCGUUGGAGAAUGGAUCUGAGACUCAACACAGAGAGCAAGCAAUCUGCGUUCUUGAUUGUUGGUCCUGCGCUCAUCUUUUCUGUCAUUUUUGCUCAUCUAGUGAGUUGCCAUGGGACGUGCAAACACCGCGUCCCUCUUCCGGAUGAGGUUAUCCAUCAUGUGUAUUUGAAGCCUGAACGUUUGAUGAAAAGAAGCUCUGAUGACCUUCAUCUGAAGAUUAAGAUCAUCUAUGACUACAGUGUUGACCAGCUCCCUGCAGACAAGAGAAGACUUGUAAAGGGUAACCUGUUUCCCCAGGCAAUUGACUACCUGCAGAAGGCAUUAUUUGUGAGGCAAAGGGUUGGGCCUAUUCUGCUCAGCAGACAAUGUGCAACUAACCAGUAUUUGAAGAGGAGGGAUGACCCCCAUCGCUAUUGCCAGAAUGCUUGUGCAGAUGUCACCCGUUGUGGCCCAGUCAUUAUACCCCAACACCACUUACAGCAAUGCAAGAUGUGCAGCGAGUCAGGGAAGUCCUGUGGUCCCUCAGGCACCCCAGACGGCCCAGGUGUAGAAGGGUUUGACUUUGUACUCUAUGUGAGCAGUGUCAUUACUGAGCGUUGUGGACAGGAAAACAUUGUGGCCUAUGCAGCCUACUGCCAACUGGAGUCAGUGCUGGACAGACCUGUUGCAGGAUAUGCCAACUUGUGUCCCACCAUGAUCUCCUCACAGCCGCAGGAGUUUGAGGGAAUGCUCUCCACUGUCAAACAUGAGAUUAUUCAUGCGUUGGGUUUUUCUGCAGGUCUGUUUGCUUUCUAUCGUGACGAUGACGGCAAACCUUUGACUCCUCGCUUUGCCAGUGGCCUGCCUGCGUUUAAUGAGAGUCAGGGUCUGUACCAGUGGAGUGAGGCAGUUAUCAACAGUGUUAGCAGGCUGUGGGACAUCAGAGGUGGAGUGAUAGUGCGGCAUCAAGUACAUCUACUUGUGACACCACAUGUGGUGGAGGAGGCAAGAAAGCAUUUCAGUUGUCCCAUUUUAGAGGGGUUGGAAUUGGAGAACCAAGGGGGGAUAGGAACUGAACUCAAUCACUGGGAAAAGAGACUGUUGGAGAAUGAGGCAAUGACAGGCUCUCACACCCAGAACAGGGUAUUUUCCAGAAUGACACUGGCAAUCAUGGAAGACACUGGAUGGUACAGAGCCAACUACAGCCUGGCCCAGGCACUCAAGUGGGGUCGUGGACUUGGCUGUGAUUUUGUCAUGAAGAGCUGCAAGUUCUGGAUGGAUAAACAGAGACAGAGAAGACAUGCUGUGAUGCCUUACUGCGACACAGUGCGAGCUUCUCCUUUGCAGCUCAUGUGUAGACAGGACCAGCUAGCUGUGGCUGUUUGCAACCUGCAGAAAUAUCCACUGGAGUUGCCACAAGAGUACCAGUACUUUGAACAGAUUCCAAAUGUGGCUGCUGACCAGCUGACAUUUUUUGGGGGUGCUGUGGAGAUUGCUGAUUUCUGUCCUUUCAGUCAGGAGUUCAGCUGGCAUGUGAGUGGAGAGUAUCAGAGAAACUCUAACUGCAGAGUGUCAGAAAACCAGCCAGACAGGUGGAGGAAUUACGCAGCAGAGCAGUACGGACCAGACUCCGUGUGCUUGUAUCAGAAGUCAGCCUUUGUAAUGGAGCAGUGCACCAGGAAGAUCGCAUAUCCUGACUGGGGUUCCGGCUGCUACAAGGUGUUGUGCACGUCACAGGGUCUGAACGUGUACGUUCAGGAACAUUCCUUCCUGUGUCUUCGUAGAGGUCAGCUGCUAGGCGUGAGUGUGCAAGUCAACGACUGGGUGUACAACGGUGUCCUCAUCUGCCCCGCCUGUACUGAUGUCUGUGACAACUGUCCUGUCCCCCAUGAGGUCUCAACCAUAAACACCUCCAGGAUUAAGACCAUCGAUCCAUGCUCCAGGUAUCAAGAUAUCACCAUCACUGUCAAGCUCCAGCUCAUGCUUGCUGCUGGAUUGCUGUUCUGCCAAUUCAACUGACUCAGAGAAAGCCACCUGCACAUUAAAUGAAGUGUCGUAUCCCUGAGCAGCUGGGCCUUGCUAAAGGGCAGGAGGCACCUUGGCAAAACUCAGGAAGCAUGAAAGUGUAGACCCCAACAACCAUCCCAACUUAAUAGGCCAGAAGUGUUUGGUGCUACAGCCCUAAUGUUCUUUACUGCUUCUUCAAAUUUGACUUAAAAUAUAAAAAUAAGUAAGGGUUGCGUGUGUGUGUGUGUGUGUGUGUGUGUGUGUGUGUGGGUGUGGGUGUGUGUGUAGGGGCAUGUCCGUGUGAUUAUGCACGUGUUGUGACUAUCUGGAUCAGUGUCAAUGAUUUGACAUGAUUCAUAUUUUUGAGUAAUUAGGUUUGUCUGAUUUGAAAGCAUGGGAGCAGACCAUCUGCAUCAGGUUUAGAUGACAAGCAAGGUCAGGUUUUGUGCUUCAUUGGUUUAGCUUUUUUGUACAUGUUAAUAUUUUAUCAAAUAUAUGAGGACAAGCGGUAGAGAAAAUGGAUAGAUUACUACAGGUCUGGAUUAAAAUCUCUUAGCCCGUCACAGUGACGUUUUCUUCCAUUUUUUCAUAUUUGGCAUUGUAUUUUACUAGUUUCUUUUAUUUAACUGUUUUUUGUAUCUUUUGUUAUGUGUAUGGUAGAAUAAAGGGUGCUUGA